GCCGUGAGAUCGAGUAUGUGGUACUCCAUGAUUCUUUCCAAGCUGAUGGAAAUAAGGAACUGGAAUCCACAAGGAAUUUUGGACUUUAAAAACCUUAGGUUUCUGAAAGUUUACAACUGCAGGAACUCGAGAUAUCUAUUUAAUCCUUCCAUGGCCAUGGACCUUGUGCAUCUUGAGAAAUUUGAGGUUCUUGAUUGUGAGAUGUUGGAAGAGGUAAUAAUCACAAAAGGAUUACCAAAAAAAGAAAGGAUGAGCAAGAAAAUGUUCCCUAAACUAGUCACUUUAUUGCUUAUUGCUCUCCCCCAUCUCACAAGGUUUUGCUCCAGAAAUUACCUCGAGUUCCCCUUCUUGAAAGAACUUUGGAUUCAGAGUUGCCCUAUGUUGAAGACAUUCAUCUCCAGUUCUGCAACUAGAAACAACUCAAGACAGAAUCUAAAUACCAGUUUGACAGUUCUAUGUGAUGAGAAGGUGGCAUUUCCCUCCUUGGAGAAAUUAGGAAUCAUAGACAUGGGAAACCUGAGUAAACUUUGUAAUGAAAUUUCCAUGACUUCAUUCUCCAAACUGAAAGUCUUGAAGCUCAUGGGCUUACCUAAGCAGCCAGAUGUUAUUCCAUCUGAUUUCUUUCUGUCCUUGUCUAAGCUUGAAAGGCUUGUUGUUGAUGGUGCUUCCUUUGCUGAAAUAUUUCAGCGUGAAGGCAUUGAGGGAAAUAUGCAGGCAUGGGAACUGGCUAGUUUCAGUGAUUUACGAUUGUCAAAACUUCCCGAGCUAAUGCAACUCUGGAAGGAAGAGUUUCAGCCUCAACCUCGAAUACUUUUUCAAAACCUGAAAACUCUAAAAGUAUUGGAAUGCCCCAAAUUCAAGCAUUUAGUUUCAUCCACAGCGUGUUUCCAAAAUCUAACUACUCUUGAAAUAUCAAAAUGUCAUGGACUUAGUACUCUAAUAACACCCUCAACAGCUAAAACCAUGGUGCAACUCAAAAGGAUGAUGAUAACAGAUUGCAGAAAGCUAGAAGGAGUCAUAGCAGAUGCAGAUAAUGGAACGUACAGCAUCAUUUUCAAGCAUCUGGAGUAUUUCAGACUUCAAAGCUUACCGGUGCUUACAAGUUUUUGCUCAGGGAAGUAUCACUUUGAGUUCCCGUCUUUGGUUGAUUUAGUUGCAACUGAAUGCCCAGAGUUCAGUUUUUUUUGUAAAGGAGAAAUAAGCACACCAUUGCUAAAAAGAGUACAUCCUACAGAAGACGGAGACAGACCUUUUACAGAUAAGGACCUUAAUACCACCAUAGAAGGAUUAUACAGAGAAAAGACUCGAAAUGAUGUGAAAGAGUUGGAGUUUCUUCAGUGGACGUUGUCAGGCUUGUGGAGACCUUCAGCUGAGUGAAAGGUCAUAUGAAGUUUAUCAUCAACUUUGGUGUGGAAGGUUUAUCUCAUCCAGUCUCUUAGUCCCCGUUCUCUACUUCAUUUUCCUCCUUUUUUUACUUUUAUUUCAUCAACCGAAUGGAAUCAAAGAUAAGGAUUCGUAGUUCCUAUAUUCUAUCAUU